CGGCGCGUGGCCCCCCACCCCUCUUGGGAGGUGAUCCCUAGGACGACGAAGGGCCGGGCAACAUGUGGCCCACUGCCUGGUCCAAGCGCCAGCUGGAGACGUUCCAUCUGGUCCUGGGGUUCGGCGAGGUCGGGGGCAAUGGCUGCGACGGCGGCACUGGUGGUGGGCCGUUGCCUGCUGCUGCUACUGCUGGGCCCACGUGGUCCCAAUUUGGAACAGCUGCGGCGGCUGCUGUCCCGAAACCAGGGACAGCGGCCGCCAUAUCUCCUUCCUGUGAUCCGGAUCCCGAUCUCCGAUGCCAACACUGGGUGGAGUUCGACUGGACUGUCGGGGAGGACGAGUCGACUGUUGCGCUGAAGCUGCAGUCGCAAGUGAUGGUCGCGCUGCCCGCGCCGGAGGACUGGGUACGCGUGAGGCUGGUGGAUACUGGGAUGACGAUCGUGACAGAGGGAGAAGAAGGGGAGAGCUCCUGGACAUUCCAACCGAAGAUCGCGGUCAAGAUGGCCGUUGAGAAGAGAAGGGAGCCUCUGCGGGUACUUAGAAUCUGCAGGACGAGUGGGACGGGAGGAGGAGGGGGAACGUACGUAGACGCAGGUCUGUCGCUGGCGAAGGUAUUCCCAGGGGACAGCCUGGAGGCUGUCGCACAUCUGAGCAUCCCGGAAGGACCGGUCGGAAUCUGGACCACGCGCAUUCAGCAGUGGCGCUCUCUCAUCACGCUGAAUCUUUCCAGCUGCGGCCUAACGGUUCUUCCACCAGAGAUUUCAGCACUGACUGGGUUACAGAAGUUAUACUUGGAUAAUAACAAGUUGGCAACAUUACCUGUGGAGUUGGGGCUUCUUGGGGAAUUGAGAGUUCUCAGAGCUGAUCAAAACACAUUAAUUUCUGUGCCAAUUGAACUGCGCCAAUGCUCCAAGCUUGUGGAGUUGUCUCUGGAGCAGAACAAGUUAGUGCGGCCAUUAUUGGACUUCAGGACCAUGCUGAAGCUUCAAACGCUGCGCUUGUUUGGGAAUCCUUUGGACUUCCUGCCGGAAAUUUUACCAUGCAAAAGCCUGCGGUACUUGUCAUUAGCAAAUGUGCGAAUUGAAGCCAGUGAGGAUCUGUCUGUUGUCAGUGUAACAGUGGAAACUGAUGCCAGUGCUGCCGCAGGGUAUUUCACAGCUGCAAAGCAUAAGCUGAGCACUUUCUUUUCACUCGUCUUCCGAUACUCCUCUUGCCAGGUAUAUAUCCUUGCUUUGAAAUCUGUGUUCUAAUGCAUGUAUACGGCAAUGCAGUAUAUCUUUCUUCACUCACUUCUUUUCCUCCACAAACAUCCCAGAAUGAUGAAGGCAAUGUACAUUAAGAGGGAGAAAAAAAGAAACAAAAUGAACAGCGCAAAACAAC